AUGGUAAAAUUGCAGGAAAGUGCUGAGACUGCACCAGCAAAAGAGGGGUAUAUCGGACUCAGACAUGCGGGUCUUGAUCAAGUCGUCGACCAAAUGCAAAACGGUGCGGCGGAGCUGUUGGAUAAAAUGGACAUCAGUCAGUACAAAGUCUGUCAGAAUGUUCGUGUCAUCGCAGUGGAUAAUGUAACAGAUAUUGGCUCAUCAGAACUCAGAGCGCUUGUACGUUAUGAAGAUAAUACAGAGCAGUUGGUGCCAACACGUAUUCUCACUUUAUUCGCACCUGCUGUAAUGCAAAACGGUGCGACGGAGCUGUUGGAUAAAAUGGACAUCAGUCAGUACAAAGUCUGUCAGAAUGUUCGUGUCAUCGCAGUGGAUAAUGUAACAGAUAUUGGCUCAUCGGAACUCAGAGCGCUUGUACGUUAUGAAGAUAAUACAGAGCAAUUGGUGCCAACACGUAUUCUCACUUUGUUCGCACCUGCUCUUUGGGGAUGUAAUCCAGCACUUUUUGGCGGCGUACUGAUGUCUUGCAAUGAAAUAGUUGAGAAAGUUGCUACGGAGACAUUCCUCACCAAGAACUGGGCACGUUUUACUGGCAAUGCUUGUCAUUCAGGAUUUGGUGGUGUGUUUACGCUACAGAUUUGUUAG